GAAUCUCGUACUGCGCAUGCGCAGGUCAGUACGCCGUCACAGACUGAAAAGCUAUUGUCUAGCGUCUCAUCGGCUUUCGUCGGAUUUUAUUUUCUGUUUUUAAAUAAAACCUCUUUCGCGUCUGCGCUAGUAUUUCAGCCACCUGACAGGGUUAGCCAUGACAUCACGUGCAGGCCCAAGAGCUGCCGGGACUGAUGGGAGUGACUUCAAGCACAGAGAGAAAGUGGCUCCUCAUUAUCAGAUGAGUGCUUCAUUAAAGUCUGAGAUCAAGAAGCUGACCAUUGUGCAUCUCCUAAUAUGGUUACUAAUAGCCUCCCAGGUGACAAUCACCCACUUCAAGCUGUUUUCCCAUGACGUGGUGGCCAUGCCCUAUCAGUGGGAGUACCCAUACCUCCUCAGCCUGCUGCCCUCGCUGCUGUCCGGCAUGGCCAUGCCCAAGAACAACAUCAGCUACCUGGUGAUAUCCAUGAUCAGUGCUGGCCUAUUUUCUGUGGCUCCGCUAAUAUUCGGUGCCAUGGAGAUGUUCCCGGUGGCGCAGCAGCUGUACCGACACGGCAAGGCUUACCGAUUUAUCUUUGGCUUCUCUGCAGUGUCAGUGAUGUACCUGCUAAUGGUGAUCGCCAUUCAGGUGCAUGCAGGGCAAAUUUACUACAGCAAGAAGCUACUGGAUGCCUGGUUUGACUCCACACAAGAGAAAAAGAAAAAAUAAAGAGACAGUUGAUGAAGAACUGGUUACAAGUCAUGCUGUUGUACAUUACUCACAGUUUUGACAUGCAUGGGAUUAUCACAAAGGAAUAAAUGCACAUCUAAGAUCAAAUGGACAUACAUACCACUGGGCUCUGAUUAUUUAUAGUUUAUCAUUUAUGCCGUGGCCACCAUAACAAUAUAUUUAGACAGAUUCGCAUCUGACAGGACAUUACAAAUGAUGCUUCUAUUGAGUGAAGCAGCUCUGACAGUCAGCUGAGGUGUGUACAGUAAUUUAUGUGUAGGCAUACAUUGUUCUAUUAUACCAAUUAACUGCUUUUUAAUUCACUGGUCUUUUAAUGCUCUCAUAUUAAAAAUGUUUAAAAUAGUCAUUAAAUUGUUUUUCAAACUA